AUGGGUCUCUUUUCGCGGAGGGAUAAGGCGCCGAAGACGGAGGCGCCGACGCUGAGCGCAUCGCAGUCAAAAUCCUCCCUCACCUCGGGUUCGUCCAGCAUCAAGUCUCCCGGUUUUUCUACUUCUCGCAUCCUAAACCGAACAUCAGCCGCCACCAUGAGCAGCAAUCCAGGAACACCGCCCUUCUCUCCCGGCCUCAACCCGGGCGUCCCCCGGAUCGACAUUCCCAAGCCUCCCGACCCGCAGCUCGACCCUGUUGGAUACCUCAGGAGCCUGGGCGCCGUCCGUGAGCGCUGCAAGAUCGUCACCGAGAAGGCUCUGCGCAAUGAGCUUAACCACUUUGAUGUCGACAUGCACAAGUUUGAGGACGUUGUCUCUUUUGUUGCCAAUAUCAUCAAGAGAGACUAUGACGCUCCUUUCACGUCCAUUCCCGGCCACGGCCGUCACCAGCACUUCGCCAUCGGCGGCCGUGACCGCAUCGCUCACCUUCUCUCCACAUUCCCUGAAGAUGUCGACAACACGGAAAAGUGCAAGCGCAUGAUCGAUCUCUUCCUUGUCAGUGUAUUGCUAGACGCCGGUGCGGGCACCCAGUGGAGCUACAAGAGCAACGAGAACGGCCGGAUCUACAGGCGAUCUGAGGGCAUUGCCGUUGCUAGUUUGGAGAUGUUUAAGACUGGUCUGUUUUCUGGUAACAAGAACAACAAGUACCAGGUUGACAAGGAUGGCCUGGCGAGCCUCACCGUCGAGAAGCUCGCCCAGGGAUUGCAGUCUGGACCGGGCAACGAGAUGGCUGGUAUCGAAGGCCGCGCUCACCUCCUUAUUAGGUUGGGCCAGGCUUUGGAGGAAAAGACAGAGUUCUUCGGCGCGGACGGCCGGCCUGGAAACAUGCUGGACCACAUCCUUGACCACCCCUCGACACAGGCAACGAACGGCUUGAUUGUUCCUCUUCCCGUCUUGUGGAACGUCCUCAUGAGCGGCCUUGCUCCUUCCAACGGUGUUGCGCCCUGGGAGAGCAUUCUUCCCUUCCACAAGCUUACCCAGUGGCUUACUUACUCGCUCAUGCAGCCCAUGCAGAGUAUUAUGAAGAUCCAGUUUGCUGGCCAGGAGCUUCUUACUGGUCUUCCCGAGUAUCGCAACGGUGGUCUGUUCAUCGAUCUCGGUGUCCUAACAUUGAAGAAAGAGGAUAUGGAUCGCGGCUUGGCACAUUACACCUCGUACUGCGAACGUACCGGCACCAAGGAGAACGAAGUGGCACCCAUGUUUGAGCCCAGUGACGAUGUCAUUGUGGAGUGGAGAGGCGUCACUGUUGGCUUCCUCGACAAGCUUUGCGUUGAGGUUAACAAGGCCUUGGAGAAGGAGCUGCAGGGUAACGAGCUUACCCUUGCUCAAAUGUUGGAGGCUGGCAGCUGGAAGGGUGGCCGUGAAAUCGCCGAAGUCAGCCGACCAAACACCAAGGAGCCUCCUAUCCUUAUUGAUAGUGACGGCACCGUAUUCUAG